AUGGCUUCAGGUUCAGGGAGAUAUCUGCGAUACCUCUUGGUGACAUUUUUCAUCUUUGCAGUCCUUUAUUUCAUUUCCUCGUCGUCGAAGCCACGAGAGCACUUGCAAACCGCUAGUGACAUUAUCAGAGAGCAGAAUGAAAAAUGGAGAGGUUACUAUGAUCAAACGACCGCACCUAGUGCAGGUGCGACUGAAGGACAUCACCCCAAGGCAUCCUCUCAGCCAGCUCCACCCACAAGCCCUAACACGGUGGCCGGCCUACCUAAUGCCGCUGCUGAUGGGCCAAGAAUGAAUGCCACCUUUGUGACUCUUGCACGUAAUUCGGAUAUCUGGGAGAUCGCCCGGUCGAUUCGCCAAGUGGAGGACAGGUUCAAUCACCGCUACAACUAUGAUUGGGUCUUCCUCAACGACAUGCCGUUCGACGACACUUUUAUCAAUAUCACUACUUCACUCGUUUCUGGAAAAACCAAAUAUGGAGAGAUUGAAAAGGAGCACUGGUCUUUCCCUGAUUUCAUCGACCAGGACAAGGCCAAAAAGGUCCGCGAAGACAUGGCUGCGCGCAAGAUUAUCUACGGCGACUCUGUCAGCUACAGACACAUGUGUCGGUUUGAGUCUGGCUUCUUUUUCCGUCAGCCUCUGAUGAACGAAUACGAGUGGUAUUGGCGCGUUGAGCCCAGCAUUGAACUCUUCUGCGACGUCCACUAUGAUCCCUUCAAAUAUAUGGCGGACCACAAAAAGAAGUACAGUUUCGUGCUCAGUCUUUAUGAAUACGCCGAGACUGUUCCUACUCUGUGGGAUAGCGUCAAGAAGUUCAUGAAGACUCAUCCUGAGCACAUUGCGCAGGACAAUUCUCUUGCCUUUUUGAGUGAUGACGGCGGCGACAGCUACAACCACUGCCAUUUCUGGUCGAACUUCGAAAUUGGAAACCUCAACUGGCUUCGGUCUCCGGCGUACUUGGACUUCUUCGAGUCUCUUGACCGGGAUGGUGGUUUCUUCUAUGAACGCUGGGGAGACGCCCCAGUGCACUCCAUUGCUGCUGGCCUCCUCUUGCAGAAGGAAGAGAUCCACUUCUUCAACGACAUUGCCUAUUACCACGUUCCCUUUACACACUGUCCGACAGGAGAACAGACCAGACUUGACCUUAAGUGCCACUGUAAUCCCAAGGACAAUUUCGACUGGAAAGGAUAUUCUUGCACUUCAAGAUGGUUCGACAUCAACGGUCUCAAGAAACCAGACGGCUACGAAGCCGAGAUGGAUUAA